CCUUCAUAUAAACCGGUGACAAAGUGGCGAGCAGCGGCCCCCAAGAAGCAGAGAUCACAGCCAGCACGGGGAGAGGCAGACAGAGAGAGAGGGAGAGAGAGAGGCAGACAGAGAGAGAGAGAGGGGGAGAGAGAGAGAGAGAGAGAGAGGGACCGGAGCAGCGAGCAGCACUUACAGGCGCGCGAUCCACAGCAACACACCGGAGAGACGCGGAGAAAACACACGCACCGACGGAGGAGCAUAAUAACCCCAACGACAGACCUGUUUGCGGCUGCAGCGAUGGGCGUCACCUCUGGACCUCUGCUAUUGGCUUGCACGUAUUUGGCGGCUGCGCUGAUUGGAGGAACCCGCUCGGAGGGCUUGUGUCUCCAAGACGGCAAGCACAAGGCUGCGCCCGGCCCGGAGCCGCAGCUGACGGAGUGCGGGCUCUACGCAGACAAUAGCUGUUGCACAGAAGACAACAUCCAGGACAUCUCACAUGUGCCCUCUGAUGCCAAUAAGAACGAACCCUGGGACAAGUGUGGGGCUCUGAGCUCUGAGUGCAAAGGCUUCCUGAAGCGCGUGUCUUGUUUUUACCGCUGCUCCCCCGAUGCCGCGCGUUGGCCCCAUCCCCACCGCCGCUCGUACAUCCAGGCCGUUCCUCUCUGCCACAGCUUCUGCCGUGACUGGUUUGACGCCUGCAGGAUGGACAUGACGUGUGCUCGUAACUGGGCCAAAGACCCCAGGGGACACAACUGCACCGGAACAUGUGUCCAGUAUCAGCAGAUGUACCAGCACGGCAGGGACCUCUGCGAGAGCCUGUGGGGGGACGCCUUCAUCAGCGUGGAGGAUGAGCCGGAGUACGCGGGCGAGGCCGGGGAGGCCGGGUCAGAGGGCGGCGGCGGUCGCCCCUGCGGCUGCCUGACCCUCAGUCCCUCGGACAAGGACGUGAUGGCGGCGCUCCGGGCCCAGCAGGACGACCCGGAGGAGCUGGACACCACCAAGGCCGGCCUGCCCCAGUACCGCGCCCCGUGCCAGACCAAGCUGCCCCCGCAGGCCAGGAGCGGCAGGAAGGGCAACUACGUGCUGCACAAGCGCUCCGUCAUGGUGGAGGACGUGGAGGGGAGCGGCAGCGGCCUGUAGAGGGGAGGGGUAGGCGGGGACAUAUUUAGUGAUCGUUGUCUAGAUCCUUAUCCAUAAAGGCAAAGGAGUUGUAACCUCGCUCCCACUUACUAACCUCACCACAGACCUAAACUGGCAUCAUCGUUAUCGUCCCAUUCUACGUGUACUCUCUGUGGUUUAGAAGACAAUAGACCGAGAAGCGCUCAAUACACAGCUGCUUAUUUAUUUGAACAGCCUGAAUAGUCUGUAUUUUAAAAAGCAAGUAUCACCAAUAGGGGAAACGUCCUCAAUUCUGCCAUGGCUUCAAUUCUAAGUGUAGUGAUGUCUUAUCUCAGAAGUUUCGUGAGGCCGUGUAAAGAAACAUUCACGUGUUGGUGUGCGGCCGUCGCCGUCCUCGGCAGCGUCGGCGCUUGUGCAUGAAUCCAACGUCAGUCCUCAGAGGACCUUCUCGUGGCAGUGUUGUAGGCGCGAUGUACCCCCCCCCCCCAGGUGGCUUUAACCUGUGCGCUAGUCCGUCGUUCAAAGCAGAUCUUACUCUUGUGAUGCCGUUUCGUGCAUGUCUACGUGUCACAAGGUCUACGAUAGCGGAGCCCCCCCCCCCUCCCUCUGCAGAUUUUAAAUAAUAAUAAUGAAUGUAGCUUUCUAACAGAGAUUACUGGCCCUGGCCGCGAGGGGGGGGGGGGGAGGGGUCUUGAUACUCAGAAACAAAUCUGCCCGCUCCAGUAGAUCCUCGUACCAUGAAGGGUGCUGUGGUAGUUUGAUGUACCGUGGAUGUUUCUUUUAUAAAUACGGCGCGUGUUUUUCUUAGAGCGAGGCACUGUUAGAUGUACAUGUUUUGUAAAAAAUAAGAAGGGCAACAGAGUUGUCAGAUUUACGGUGAUUUACAGUGUUUGUUGUGCUUUAAGUUCCCAAUAAAGACAAUUUUUUGUAAAUGCCAA